UCAAGCUACCAAGAAAAUAGCCCAGAAAAUUACAGUUUUAAAAUCCCAUUAACAAUCUGCAAAAGUGUUUUUGAAUCGAGCCGUAUUUUGUGUGAACUUCGAUAAAAAAAAAUUGCAAACAAUUUUAUGUCUAUGCUUGUUUGAUUAAAGACGCACGUGAGCACAUAAAUAACAGUAAAGCGUUGGCAAUUUUUACGAGCUGCUUCAUCUUGAAAACCAUAAAUAUAUUCCAGUGUUUAAAUCGAAAGAGAAUUCAAGCGUUAUUACUAAUUAUUAACGUGUUUUCAUUUUAUGUGCAACGCUUGUUGACAAUUUUAAAUACAAACGUGACUCAAGUGUUUCAAUUUAACGCACAGUUAAACGUGAGUUUUUUAUAUUGUUAUAUUUGUGUGCUGCUUAAAAUACCUGAAUGAUGAAAGCCACAGCGUGGUUUUGCCCGGUGUUAUUGACUUUACUCUGUGCCACUCGUUUCGUAUGCACUGCACCACGAAGGGAUGUGGUUGGAGCUGUUGUCGACGCAACAGCCGCUGGCGGAUAUCCUUUGGACUAUUUGGACGCGCAGCUUCUACAGGACGAAUACUCAAUGGUGAAGCGCAACAAACCGUCUUUGUCCAUUGUCAAUCCCUUGGAUGUGCUGCGCCAGCGGCUGCUGCUGGAAAUUGCGCGCAGACAGAUGAAGGAAAACACGCGACAGGUCGAGUUGAAUCGCGCCAUACUAAAGAACGUGGGUAAACGUAUGUUUCUGGAGCCGGGUGCAUUGAGAGGCGAACUGCGGCAGCCGCAGCAUUUGCCCAGCAGUCAGCUGUGGGGCUUUGGUUGGCCGCAGACCGAUAGCUUAACCAACUACCCCUUGUCAUCGGCGUCCUCAUCUUCGACAGCAGCAUCGUCUCGGUUUUUUGAUUUUUUACAGCGACCACAAGCUCAGGCAAGACGCCGACCAGUAGAGCAACAACAGCUGGGCUUGGAUGCCAAGAACUCCCUUAACGCUGGCGGUUACGGACUGGGACUGGGCAUGACCACACAUCGUCAGUUAAACGGAAAUGAAAUUGCAAAUGAAACAAAUCAUGAAAAUCACGGCAAUCGCAAGUUGCAGGCAGUUGGCAAAGCCUCAACAGGCGAUGACAGCGAACAGAGCAUCGAAGACCAGGACGAUAUGCUAGAGGAACUAGGCAACAAAUGGAGCAACGAACAAAACGACAAUGGUGACAGCUCAAUAGAUGUGGCAGAUGUGGGCGCUGAAAAUGCAAAUGCACCUAUCCCAUGGCGUCUGCUCUAUCGUAUGCAUAAAAAUGCGCACUAUGCUAAUUAAACCACAGCAGCAGUAGCAGCAGCGACAACUUAAGAUACAGGUACAGGAUACACACACAUACAUAAGCACAAAGAUAUACAGUAAAGUAGAAGACAAAGUUAGAUGCAAACAUUUGUCAGCUCAGAGAUUAAAUCAACGUAAAUAUUUGCUAAAUUGACGACAACGGUUCCUAAUGGCUGGCUACAAGGAAGGCAUGUUGUGUGUGCAUACAGUUCCCCCCUAACAUACCGCCCCCAAACCCUGACGCUCACGCUCCUACGAUACAGACCGAAAAAAACAAAAAAAAAAAAAAA